UUACAUACCAUUGUGAAACUGUCACUAGCAUAUUUUUCAAAAAUGAAACUGGAAAAUAGCCAGUCCUGUGUCUAUCGCUCAUCCUUUGGCGUUUUCUACUUGAAAGACUCUAUCUAGGAUUCGUGACCUUCCUUUCUCUACACCCAUCAUCCCCUCUAUUCCAAGCUCUGGGGAGAGUUAAUCCCUCGGCAUUUUGAACUUUGCCGUGCAGGAAAACGAAAAGACUACUCUUUCCUCCCCGCUUUAACUCUUCUCAUACCGGAGUAACUCAUUUGGGACCCAAGGGUGGAGUCGGUGCCGCCCCCUGGUGCAGCAGUGAAGACAGAUACCCGGCCACCUGUCAGAGGGCUGUGGGCGGGGGCCGGGUCAGCGAGGCCCGCAGAACCGAAGGCUGAGCGCCGCUGAGCGCACGCUCAGAGCAGACAGCUGGAAGCAGGCAGGACGGAGAGCCUAAGACACCGGGGCUGACCGCCAAAGGGAGGGAAAGGUGGUCAAGGAAACCGGCCAGGCCAAGUACGCGGGGCGACAGCCAGGAGAGUCCAGGGCCAGCGGCUGCCGGAGCAGCCCUACACCUUAUGCGCGGACGCAGCGCAGGCGGGAGAGCGAGGACGCGCCGGGCACGGCGCGCUGACCCCGCUGGGGCGCACGGGUGCCAUGUCGUGCGAGCGGCCUCCGCGCACCGACAUCCCUCGCAACCUGAGCUUUAUAGCAGCGCUGACCGAGCGCGCCUACUACCGCAGCCAGCGGCCCAGCCUCGAGGAGGAGCCGGAGGAGGAGCCGGGGGAGGGCGGGACCCGGCCCGGUGCCCGCUCCCGGGCUCCCGUGCCGGCUCGGGGCCGUAGGGCCCGCUCUGCGCCCGCAGGUGGCGGCGGGGCCCGGCCAGCCCGCAGCCGCAGCCCCGACACCCGCAAGAGAGUGCGUUUCGCCGACGCGCUGGGGCUGGAGCUGGCCGUGGUCCGCCGCUUCCGCCCGGGGGAACCGCCCCGGGUGCCCCGCCACGUGCAGGUGCAACUGCAGAGGGACGCCCUGCGCCACUUCGCGCCGUGCCCGCCGCGCACCCGCGGCCUCCAGGAGGCGCGCGCCGCCCUGGAGCCCGCCCGCGAGCCCGGCUUCGCCGCCCGGCUGCAGGCGCAGCGCAUCUGCCUGGAGCGCGCCGACGCGGGCCCUCUGGGCGUGGCCGGGAGCGCGCGCGUGCUGGACCUGGCCUACGAGAAGCGCGUGAGCGUGCGCUGGAGUGCGGACGGCUGGCGCAGCCUGCGGGAGUCGCCUGCCGCCUACGCCGGCCCGGCCCCGGCCCCACCGCGGGCGGACCGCUUCUCCUUCCGCCUGCCGGCGCCUCCGGUCGGCGGCGCGCUGCUUUUCGCCCUCCGCUACCGGGUGACCGGCCGCGAGUUCUGGGACAACAACGGCGGCCGUGACUACGCGCUGCUUGGGCCCGAGCACCCGGGUGGUGCCGGAGUCGCCGAGCCCCAGGGCUGGAUCCAUUUUAUUUGAGACUGGGCUCCUGCCGGCCACAGCAGGGAAGAAAAAAAACAAAAAAACAAAACAAAAAACAAACAGAGGCACCCAGGCGUAGGGGGAGGCUGUGGCAUCAGGAACCCGGGAACCACGAUUGGCAGAUGGGUGGAGAGCGGUCCCAGAGAGUCAAGCAGAGGAGGCUGGAAACCUCCUGCGAGGCUCAGAGACUUUAGGGUGGAGAACAUCAGCUGGGUGUUAAGUGAAAGGAACUCGAGGAAUUCGAGGAAGGAGUCCCAGGCUCUGGAAAGUUAAGCCUCCUUGGGCUAGGAAGCAUUAUGGAUUGAGCAACCUUGAUGUAUGAAGUCCAGCCCAGUGACGUCAUUCGGAUUGCUUCCCUCUUGCUGGCCUUACCACCUCAGGUCCCCCAUGUUCUUCCCAUCCUAGCUUUAUCUGAGCCGAAAUUGCCUUGCUUAGCCCCAGAAAUUUGACCAUUGGCCCCUGGGCCCUGGCAGUAUGACAGGAUUUCCUUGACUCUCAGCAGUUCGUGGCGUCAGUCUUCAAGGCACGGUGGGAGAGCGUCCUUCAGCUACCGGACAAGCCCCGUUAGGAAUAUAGAUGGUGGCAAAACUAACUCCGGGCCUGCCCUUAUAAUUGCCAAAUGAUGGGGCAUCUAAGGGGUUUGCGUAGUCAGGCUUCCAGAAAGAUGAAUGCCAGCCUUACUUUUCUGGGUGCCUUCUUAAAACCUUGAAGCACUUUAUGGACUGUUUGUCAAGGGACAGUGAAUCAUGAAAAUCACUACUGAUUGAUUCUUUGUGCCUCUGAAAAAGAGGAAACCACCGAGUGUAUGAUUGAGCAGGUUAUUUGGGCUGGGGUGGGGCUCCUGUUUCCUCUGUGAGAAACUUGAUCUGAGUUAGGUGGCUCCCUAAGGCUACCUUUUUUUUUUGGACAGGUUGGACAGGGUCUGUAGCCUAGGCUGGCUCCGGCUCUCAGCCCUCCUAUAGCCUCUGCUGUGCUGGGGUUAUUGGUGUGAGCCACUGUGCCCUUAGGGCUACCUUUUGGUGUUUUUUGAUCUGUUCGUGGCAGAUAUAGGUUAGAAACUUUUCUCCAACCUAGUGCUACAGUUAAAGCCCACACAGGAAGCCAGGGGUAGUGGCUGUUUGAGUUUGAGGCCAGCCAGGUACUAUGAUUGAUUACCAGGCUAUCUCGGGCUACAUGAGACUGUCUCAGAAAAUUAAAAGAGGAAACAAGGCUUACCUAGCCCAGUGAGCCUGUGGUUGGGGGUUUGUUUGUUUUGGGAGGGGCGCACAGAUGAUCCAGGACACCGGAAGCAUAACCAGCCGGUAGCCACAGUGCAUUCCACAGCUUCCAAGCCAUAGCUCAUCCUCUGCCAUCUGGUUCUUGCUUUUACCUCCACAGACUUCCAGUCUGGGUCCCCCGAGAAAAAGGAGAAGGGUAUUGCUGUUAGGGAAAGUGAUGGAUGGGAGCCCCAGAAUGAAACAGCGUUGGAACCCUGGAGAUUAUGGGUAUAAGAAAUGGAAAACAAGAAUGGCACCAGAAGGUGGUAGUUUGAUCCAUAUCCUGGGCCGUUGAAAUGGAAACCCUGGAGUCUAAUGUAAUACCCAUCCACAUUCGCACCUCAUGUCCUUCCUAGGGAGGUGAUACGUUUUUUGCUGGUUGUUUCUCCUUUCCUUGUCUUUCUCCCUUCCCUCACUUGUUUCUUUUUAAAGAUUUAUUUAUUUAUUAUGUA